GUAAGUAAUGGCAUAUAAAAUAAUGGCGACAGCAGUGGCCUCCCGGUUUGCUGUUCUUAGCAUGGACGAUGAUGAAGAUUCUCCGAAAAGAAAUCAGAAGAAGAAAGUCGAAAAUAAGAAAGCUGGAACCGGCAUACCAACUCAAAAGACAGAUUCAAGUCAAAAGAAGAAAAAUAAGAAAUCUGAUUCUGGGAAGACUUUCAGGAAAACAGAAGUUUACACUUGCUAAGGUGAUCUUCCAGCUGUCUGCAUACCAUGGGAACAGCAAAUGGCCUCAAUGAAUGGGACCCCCUUCACCAUUCUCCUAAGGAUCUAGUAAAGGAGCAGCAAUAUACGUAUCCUCGUUUACAUUGCAUCUGAAACAAUUCAAAACACUAUUCAUUUUCCUCACAUAUGAGAAUUUGAAUUCUAAUAAUUAACACAUUUGUGUGACAUUUUGUAGACAGGCACAGUGUAGACAGGUUCAUUGAUCAGUGUUAGUAAACCAUCAACAUAUACAAUUGAAAUUAUGGUAGGAGGAGAAUAAGAAUAAGACGAUGAUGUUUGACCAGAAGAAUAAAUUUGAAGUGCAUAAAUAUAAUAAGCUCGGCUGCUUCUUUAGUAGACAAGACAAGAAUUAAAAAACUGCAAGAAAGAUGGGUAUAAAGUGGCAUGACACAUCUCCUGAUCAGUGGGUUUGUGACUCUAUUACCCAGUGGCUGAAUGCCUCCCAUUCUUCUGACCAAAUUAUUAUGGAAUGUUGCUCAUCUGACUUUCCUGCAUUUUUAUGGAAAUGACAAGUCAUGUGCAGGGUGUAUAUAAAUUAUCUUUACAGUUUUAUGAAUAAAAACUUUAUGAAAAGACAGACACAUCUGCAAGAGAAACUCAAAGUUUAUUCUGAACAUUACACGUAUUCAUCAUGGGCACCGUUUAUCACAUGUACAUUGCCCAAAUAAUAUUCAAGCUCCAUCCAUGGAUGCUGCAGCGUGUUAUAGUUGGCUGUUGCAAUAUAAGCUGCAAUCCUGUCCUUCAAAUAAUUGAUGUCAAAAAAUUACAGCAGUGUGAUACCCAGUGCUAUGGCCGGCCUACCGAAGGAAGCAGCACAGCCAAUCCAUUGGUUUUGGAAAUGAUAAUUAAGAGACGCACACACAUUCAAGCUCCAAUGUGGUGGUGCAUUGUCUUGCUGGAAGAACUACAUGUACACCAGAAACUUGUGAUACAAAAUCAAAAAUUUACCUUCCUUGUAAAUUGUCCUGUAUUUUUAAUGUAGUGAUAAAUGCCUCAGCUUACACCACUUGAUGCCAAGCUGAAGCCACUACACAGUUUACUGGACAAGACAACCAAAAUGCUGAUGAAUGCUCAGAAUAAAAUACACAGCUGCUUCCCAAUCGGUUCUGAGAGCAAGUGUCAUCUUUUGCGUCCAGCGUGUGCUUUGUGUGUACUCCUUCAAGUAACUCCUGACAGACAUGGUUAGGUGUUAGGAGUGUUUGUUACCCUUUGCCCAGUAUCAGAUGCAAUAGGCUGAUGACAACUGACCCGAUGUACAAAGAUGGAUAUAGUGCAGUAGAAAACAAUGGGUGCAUGAGUAAAGUUGUAAAGCCACCACAGCCAAACUCAAAUACCAAAUCUAAAGGCAAGAUUGGAAAGGGUGAGGGCAGCAAAGAUGGACAGCAGAAAAAGAAAAGCCCCUCACAAGAACAGUGGGAUCAGUGGAAGAAGAAAGAUUCAGAGUUUGUAGAUGGAAACUAUGAACAGGAUCUUCAUCAGGCCAUCCUCCUGUCUAAGCUAGAUUAUGAAGAGAAAAAGGAUUUCUAUGAACUGUUGAAAAAGGAUGCAGAUGAAGAGAAAAAGAGUGCUGGCAAGAAAAACAAAAGGUCCAACAAAGCACAGCCCAUGUCUCUAGAACAGUUUAAUAAUCUUCAUUCAGAAGUAACAGGAGAAAGUUGUAUAAGUGAGUCUGUGGUGAACAGUAAAGUGAAUGAACAUGAUGAGGAAUUCUUUGAAAGAAUUGACAAUGACACAAGAAAAGCUCUUGAUAGAGAACAAAUAUUAGGACUUAGGAAAGCUCGAGAGCCAUUUAUCCAAGAAACCAUAACAAUUGCACAGUUUGAAGAUACUCUAGAGGAGAGAAAUAAAGAAAUAAAAUCUUUGAAAGAAGAAGUAGUGAAACUAAAAGAAGAAUUACAUAAUGUUAAAACAAGAAACAAGAAGCUCUGUAAUAUUCUAGCUCUAGGAGAAAUGAAAGACAAAGCAGAAGCACUGUUUGAAGUGGAUAAAUUACGAAGAGUGAAAGAUGAACUUUCCACAGAAGUGUCCAGCCUCCAUGCACAAUUAGAACAAGAAAGGUCAAAAGUGCGUGCCCUCACCUCAGAUUGCAAAAGCAAGGCACAGGUAACCUUGAGCACAAGAAGCGUGUGGCCAGUGAAACAACACAGUGAAACGAAACGUGGAAUUCUGAAUUCCAUUAUUCUAAAAGAUCUGUACUAUAUUCUUUAUAAAAUUAUCAGUUGGGAAAACUGACAUAUAGCUCAAGUCACAAGAGCUGGAGAAUAGAUACAAGUGGUUGAUCUUCCAUGUGAUAAUGUCUUCAUGUUCAUUAUUUUAAAACACAACUUCUCAAAACUUUUUGACCUGUUGUAAAGAAGAAUGUCUUGAGUUCUAAUGGUAAAUUGUUUGGUGCUUGAAAGUUCAAACGACAAGGAGGAGGAGGAAAAUGAAGGUGAAAUAUAAUGAUAAAUACGUGAUUUAUUGUUAAUAAGAAAUGUUACUUUGUCAAGUGUAUUUGUUUAAUAUGAGUAUGUUUUUGAGAAUAAACCAUAGUACUGUACUUAA